CUUGGGUAUAACCCAUCGCGUGACUGCAUAAGGGCAUUAUAGGUCAUGUGACUUCCCAGUUCUCAUUUGUCGUGGUAACAAAUUCAGCUGAGACGUACAAUCUGAAGGAUUGUCUCCCCUAGUUUUAAGACUUGCAAGUUUAAAGUUACUCAAUGGCGACAGCAGCAAGUAUUAACGUUACGAACCAUGACGUCGGGACUGUCCAAAUAGGAAACGGGAACACUGUCCUCAAUUUCCCUGAUGAAAUCGACCUGAAUUUGAACAUGAAAAUCAAUAACCAAAGUGAUGUCGUUAAUUUCAACCCGAAUAUCACGGUAAUGGUUGCUGAUAAGAAAGAAGAACCCACAUCCUGCGUUAUUUCAGACGGAGAUAUAGAGGUCAAGGUCACGGAUGUUCCAGACAGAGAGGUUAAAGAUGGCAUGUCCCCUACAACACCAGCAAGCUGGACAGAAAACAUUGUUCAAACAGUCAGAAACAUAUUUUCUCUGAGAUCGUACUUAUAUGGGGGAAUAUCGGAGCCAUCAGAUGACACCGUGACGAUCCUGGACAGACACCGGGUGGUACUAGAACCAGGAGAUAUCGUCCUCGCAGACGCAUUCGUGUUGUAUUCAGGUGGAGGAACUAUCCUGAGACGAGAACAGGACACAGGGAUGGUCAUCAAGACGAAGUUGGACGCAGACUCCGAGUUUGAAAAAUGGGAAUUCUGGAACACACGAGAGUAUUACGACUUCUACACACCCUCAGAACGGAUAACACGAGCCCACGGCAUCCUGGACAGCGUCUUUAAGGGGUCGGACUGUGACUUCGUGUCCUGGUGCUAUGCAGGGAUGAUGUGGGACGAGGCACACUGCAAUGGCUAUGCGUUAUACUGUCGGUAGUAACCAAAUCACCAUGGGAACGAGAAGACGGUCUUUGGCUGAGCGCAAGGAUUUCAGGGAAGGGGGUGAGCCUGAUCUUUGACAGAGGUCUUUGGUUGACUGCAAGGAUCUCUGGGAAGGAGUUAAGCCUGGUCUCUGACAGAGGUCUUGGCUGACCGCAAGAAUUUCAGGGAAGGGGGUGAGCCUGGUCUCUGACAAUUACAUGGAAGGUUUAGUGUCAUUUGUACAUAAGCAUUGUUUCAAUUUAUCAAAACCUUCACAUUUAUAUGUAUAUUUUGCCAAAUAAACAUUGUUGUUAUUCAAACA